UGAUCUUCAUCCUUAACUAGAAGCACUUACAAGGUCAACUGCGAUUCUGCGAACGUUCCAACGCCCGUUUUGUCGCAACUAGCUUGUCUUAAACUUCUUCGACUCUAAGCGAGUCUUGGUACGGGCACAGUCCUUUUAUAUCCGCUCUUUCAGCCUUACUUCAGCAAGUUGCUGAAGGUGUUCGCUCUGAGUCACUCUUAAGAAAUGUCAUCCCACAGGGAUCGCUCGCGUUCGCCAAUCCAAAUUCGAGCACCAUGUGAUAGGCGUGUGUACGUUGCUAACAUCCCGUUUGAUAUGAAAUGGACUGAACUGAAAGACCUUUUCAAGCGUGAAUGCGGCGAAAACUCCGUGUCGUUUGUCAGAUACUUCGAAGAUGUGGACGGCAAAUUCCGAGGCUGCGGUAUAGUGGAGUUCAAGGACGCGGAGGCAACGAAGCGUGCUAUUGAUAAAUUGCAUCGUUACGAGCUUAGCGGACGGUUUCUUGUCGUCAAAGAGGAUUACGAUGUCGAACGAGAUUCAACUGGUAGGGUCGUCACACGAAGGCACAGGGAGCGAAACGGAAGCCAUCGCGACAGAAGUCCCUCUCGCAGAGACCGAUCGCCGCCGAGAGAGUAUAGCCAUGGAGGACACAGCGGCGGUUCAGGCAGUAUGGGUGGAGGUAUAAUGUCUUUUAAUACGUACGGCCUUUCACCUAAGUUUCUUGAUUCACUUGGCAUCGAUCUGCCCCUCAGCAAUAAACUCUUCAUCGCCAACCUCGACUAUAGGGUGACGAAGGGCGACUUGAAACGUCUAUUUAAGCUUUGUGGUCGUGUGUUAGACGUGGAACUGUACGUGGACAAAGACGGCAAUUCGAAGGGCAAUGCUACUGUUGAACUAGAUCAUCCCAUCGAGGCUGUACAAGCUAUAUCUAUGCUCAAUCGUCAAGUAUAUAAUGGCCGGUCUUUGGCGAUCCGCAUGGAUCGUAAGGAAAAUGCAGAACCGAAGCUUCCACCAGGACUGGAAGGUGUAGGGAAAGGACUUGGGCCAGGUGGGGUGCCUCUGCGACUUCCGAGAGACUUUCCAUCAGUCGGAAGUUCUAACUCAUCAGCCUCGCCUCCAUUGUCAGCUCCUACGCCAGUUCCUCCAGUAGCAGCUGGAGGAAACCCAAUGGCUAGCUUGGCGGCCUUUGGAAACCCCGCAGCGCCUGCGGCUUUGGCGGCCCUGUCGACCGUUUUGGGCUCACUCGCUGCUGGUCAACAGGGUGGGGGUCUCUUUAGUGGUGGCAGUUCUAUGGGUGGUUAGUGCCUGAACUAGAACAAGGUGGAUUGAGGUACUUAUCUAUUCCUUCUGUGCUCCAAUUCCAUGCGCUUAAAGGUAGGAGAAAAUAAUUAAAUAAGGGUAAUACUGAGCAACAGCUUGGCCAGCACUUUCGGUAAAUCCUUCCGAGCUCAAAGGGGGCACAGACUACAAAGGCACAUGGAAGUGCUAUUGAAGGACUAUGUUAAUAUUGCUAUAAUCAUCCUAAUCAUAAGAUGAAGUAGUGUAUUCAAAAACCUAAAACAUUAAAUAUCACAAGAGAGGUCGAUAAAUGUCAAGUUCUGGCAGCAAACAGUUCCUUUUUGGUAUAACUGACCCAUUCUGUUCAGUGAGCAGCGAUCGUGUAUUGAUGUUCUUCCAUUUUCAUUAGCAAACGGCACAUUACCAGACAAAGCUU